AUGACUUCGUCCUUGGUUAACGUCCGCAAGUCUUUAGGCCUAGGUGCCGGAGGUGUCUCAGACGGUUAUGAGAACUCGCCCUGCGUCUUUUCGGCCCAGGAUCCGAGUCCGGAUGGGUCGAUGAGCGCGCGGAAUCUGUCUAUCAACGGAGGAGCCUUCUACAACGUCAAUGGAAACUUAUAUCAGCUCCAGGAGGAUGUUGGUUCAAAAGGCAUCGACCGGCUUGAACUUCACAUAGCACCAGAGGCAUUCCACAACUCCGAGGAAAGAUACGACCCUCCAAAGUGCCACCCUCUGACGCGUCGAAGAAUUCUUGAGAAACUAACCUCAUGGAUCGAAGAGAUGGCCCAAGAAGAGUUCCGCACUUUCUGGCUCUACGGGUCUGCAGGAGUCGGAAAGUCAGCCAUCAUGCAGACGAUCGCCGAGUUGUACCAUGCGAGGGGCCUUUUGCUUGCAAGCUUUUUCUUCUCCAGGACGUCGACCACAAGGAAUAAUCGCUCUCGACUUAUCCCCACACUUUCCUAUCAGCUCGCCCUCUCUUCACCUCUCCUCAAAGAACAUAUCAACCUAACAAUCGCAAACGAUCCGACCAUUUUCGAGCGCUCGCUUGACGUUCAAAUCCAGUCGCUGCUGGUAGGACCCUUGUUGGAAGCCUAUGAACGUCAGGGAUCGAAUAGUAAUUGCCAACUCAUUAUCAUCGACGGUCUGGAUGAAUGCUCGACCGCCGAUGAUCAGUGCUACAUCCUUCACGGGUUGACAGAGGCUUUCCGUCAUCCCCCGCUAGGGAUAAGCCUCAUGAUCGCAAGUCGGCCUGAGCAGCGUAUCCUCACAGCGUUCCACUGCGGCACGCUCCAAACGCGAUCGCAGCGCCUAUCACUGGAUAAUCACUCGCUGCUGUCUGAGGCCUUCAUCGACAUCGAAGUCUUCCUCAGACAUAAAUUUCAGGAGAUUAAGAUGUCACACCCUCUCCGUGCUUAUAUCCCUCCCGAAUGGCCUCUGAAUUCCUAUGUCGGGAUUAUCCUCGAAAAGGCUGCUCAUCAUUUCAUCUUUGUGGCGACUGUUAUUCGCUUCGUUGGGUGCCCAAGGCAUCGGCCGGCACCACGACUUCAGGCAAUCUGCGAUGCGUCGAUCAAGACGGAAGAAACCCCCUUUGCAGAAUUGGACACCUUGUAUUCAACAAUCCUUGCGUGCGUCGAGAAUAUCAAGCCAGUGAUCGAGGUAUUGGGCAUGCUCAUUUUCGGCACAACGCCCAAGAGCAUAUCUUUUAUUUCGACAUUUCUCGGGUAUACUCCCGAAGAGGUGCGAGGUUAUCUCAUGGACAUGAGCUCGCUGAUCGACCUCGAUGUCCCUGAUGACGCGGAGCUCAGAAUAUUCCAUGCAUCGUUCUCGGACUUCCUGACGGACAAGAGGCGUUCGAAACAGUAUUACAUUGACCACGGCUUGGUCCAUGCCCAUCUUGCGAAGCUCUGCCUUCAACAUUGCGAUCUCCGUCGCCAAACGGAACUCAUGGUCUCAGGCGACGUGGAAAAGCUUCAGUCCACUCCAGUGAGCUGGCAAAAUCAGUCAUACGCCCGUCACAGCCUACUGCACCAUUUUGUCAGCGCUGUUCCCACUAGAGAGCUACGAUAA